AUGGAUGUCGAUCACGAUAUCAGCAGAAGGGACGACGAGGAUGACCGUUCGAAGGAGAAAGAACGCAGGAGCGACCGAGAAAGACGCGACCCACGACGCGACCGCUCUCCUCGUCGUAGGAGUGAUACGUAUGGUGAUGAAGACCGCCGAGAUAGAGACCGCAGACGCUCUCGCUCACGUAGCUCUCGCAGACGUUCUGCGUCACCUGGUCGAAGCAAACGCCGCCACCGCUCGCGCUCGCGCUCAAGAUCUCGUUCUCGCUCACGUCGAGACACGUACAGUAGUGGACGCGAUAGACGGGACUCGUACAGCGGACGCGACCGUGAAUAUAGCAGCGGCAAAGAGGCUCCAUUUUCAAGGUCGCUCGGUGGUCCGAUCAACGCAGACCCCGAAGAGGCAGUCGAGUUUGCGAAAAUUAGCAAGCGCGAGAACCGCGUCUAUGUGGGCAACCUGGCUUACGACGUCAAGUAUGGGGAUUUGAUCGAGUUUAUGCGGGGAGCUGGAGAAGUCUUGUUCGCCGAAGUGCUCGUCACGCCCUCUGGACAGUCGAAAGGAUGCGGGAUCGUCGAGUUUGCCACGGCGGAAGAAGCCCAGCGAGCUAUCAAAGAGCUUUCCGAGACGGUUUUCUUGGGACGGCCCGUGUAUCUCCGCGAGGAUCGCGAGGCCGAAUCGCGCUUUGGUGCGACACCCGUACCCGGAAAGAUUGGAGCAGCAAUGGCUGGCAAUGGAAAUGUACCACCUCCACGUGGAUACAAUGGUGGUGCAGCAAAUCCAGGAAACCAGCUCUACGUUGGAAACCUACCGUAUCAAGCUGGGUGGCAAGACCUCAAGGAUUUGUUCCGAAAUGCAGGCAACAUUGUGCGAGCGGACAUUAACAUUGGUAUCGAUGGGCGUGCCAAGGGGAGUGGCACAGUCGUCUUCGAGACGGCAAAGGAUGCGCAGUCUGCGAUUUCGAUGUAUCAUGGCUACGAAUGGUAUGGACGAACUCUGGAAGUACGCGAGGACCGCUAUGCUGGCUUACACGGCUCGCGCGGACGUGGUGCGCCUCGCGGACUUGGCCGUGGCUUCUCAUCUCGCGGUGCGCCUGGCGGCGGGUAUGGAAGAGGUGGAGGUGGCGGAUUCGGACGAGGUGGUCCAGGUGGCGGCGGACGGUCAUCCGGAGACCUUUAUCAGGACUAUUCCGGACCGAGUGGAGAUCGCGGUGAACGUGGAGGAGGGUACGCAAACCUGCCGCCAAGUCAACAGAUUAUGGUUCGCAACUUACCCUGGUCGACAGCCAAUGAGGAUCUAGUCGAGCUAUUCGAGACGACCGGACACGUCGAGCUCGCUGAAAUCUUGUACGAUGGCACGCGAUCCAAAGGUUCUGGGGUUGUGCAGUUUACGCAUGUGGAAGAGGCAGAGACGGCAAUUGCCAAAUUUAGCGGCUACACGUAUGGUGGAAGACCUCUUGAUGUGUCCUUCAACGACCGCUGGCAUCAUUUUACGCCGACUGCUGCGAAGGGAACGAUGUGA